AUGUCUCUUACAUAUUUGCCACUUUUAUUAAAAGGCAAAGUUGUAAAAGGAUUUGGAAGAGGUUCAAAGGACUUAGGUUGUCCUACAGCUAAUUACCCGCGUGAAGUAGCGCAAUCAUUACCAAAGGACUUGAAACCAGGCGUGUACUAUGGGUGGGCAAAAGUAGAUGAAGGCCCUAUUCAUAAGAUGGUUGUAAACAUUGGAUGGUGCCCUUUCUAUCAGAAUAAAGAGAUGUCUGUUGAAACACAUGUUAUGCAUGAUUUCAAAGGAGAUUUUUAUGGAUCUUUACUAAAAAUUUGCAUAGUUGGAUAUUUGAGAUCUGAAAAGAAUUUUAAUUCCUUAGACGACUUAAUUGAAGCCAUCAAACAAGAUAUACAUAACGCCGCUAAAGCACUUGAUUUAGAAGAGUCAAAAAAUGUAAAAAAAAACUUUUUUACUGACCAG